AGAGCUUGAUAGUGCGCUGCCGGCGAGCAGUCUCUCCGCCUAUAUGUGAGACCUCUGUCAGGCCCCACGGUUAGUUCGUCAGUGCGAGUCGAGCCAAGCACACUGCCACAAUGGAGUCUCUCAAGCUGCUCAAGGACAAAGUUGUCCUCAUCACAGGAGCCAGCUCCGGCAUCGGCGCGGGCACUGCAGUGGUGUUCGCCAAGCUAGGCAGCCGCCUGGUGCUCACCGGCAGGAACCUGGACAACCUGAAAAAGACACAGCAGGAGUGCCUGGGCUGCGGACUCAAGCCCAACCAGGUGGCCUUAGUCACCGGUGCCGUCGAAAACACCGACGACUGCAAGAAGAUCAUCCAGACCGCCAUUGAUAGCUUCGGCCAGCUGGACGUCUUGGUCAACAACGCCGGCCUGGCCAUCCGCGGCACGUCCCAGACUCUGGACGUGGAGGACUUCGACCGCCAGCUCAACAUCAACGUGCGCUCCGUGUUCCAACUCUCCAAGUUCGCCAUCCCCCACUUGGAGAAGACCAAGGGCAACAUCGUCAACAUUUCCAGUGUGGCCGGCAUGCGCGCUGUCAUCGGCUCGCUGGCGUACUGCACCAGCAAGGCCGCGGUCGACCACCUGACCCGCAACCUGUCACUGGAGUGCGCCGCCAGCGGGGUGCGCGUCAACACCCUCAGCCCCGGCCUCAUCGUCACCGAGUUCCAGAAGCGCGCCGGCAUGCCCGCGGACGCCUACCCUGACUUCCUCAAGUCCGUCGGAGCCACCAUCCCCCUGGGCCGCGUGGGCCUCCCCGAGGACAUCGCCAAAGUAAUCGUCUUCCUCGCGUCUGACAUGGCCGGUUUCGUCACGGGCCAGAACAUCUACGUCGACGGCGGCAACACUGUCGGCACCGUCUCCUUCAAGCUCCCCGGCUCCGACGCAAAGAAGUAAGAGGCAGUUUCUACGUAAAAUAAAUACAGUUUUUCUCAGAAAGUUAA